UGGUGGUUUAAGAAUGCGAUAUGUGAGGUGAAAUGUAAUCGUUAAUACGUUGAUGUGAAAGUUUGAUGUGAUGCAGUAUGGAAGGAAAGUAAAGAGUUCGCAAGAUUCAUUACAGAGUUUCAUUUGAUUCAGGAGAGACCAUGGCAUCAAAGAGCGGCGGCGGCUUUGAUUUUCCAGGGAUGAGGAAAACCGUUCUGGAUUUAAGGGAACACCCUAACAAAAAUGACGUAGUCGAACUUACGAAACAUAUUAAAAAAAGUGAGAUAGUCUUCAUGAACCCUGAUCCAGACGAUGAACCUUUCCUGACCUCAUUCACCGUAUUGGCAGCAGAUGGCUUUUCUACUGCCAUAUCAACAGGAGCAGUUUCUCAAACAAAUUAUGUGUUCCGCUCUACGCUCGUGUUAAUCCAGUAUUUGGUGCAAUACCUGCGAAAACAAAUUGACAAUCCAUCUGUCACACUCACAUUGCCUUCGAAAAGAGUACUACAGACAAUACGGACUAUGUGCACUUUAGAAUUUCCAGCAAAUUGUGCUGAAGAGAGUGAAGGCAUUACUGCUAUUUUGUCAUCAUCAAAGGUGCCCGAGGCAACUGUGAAACAUUUGACUGUUCCUGAUUCUAAUAGUGGAGGUUUUGCAUUAACCAGACUCGAUAAAUCAAGACUGAUUUUGGAGCAGCUCACUACCCCACAGUUUGAUACAAUGGAGGAUCGUAUAGAGUCCCCCAGUGCAGAUACUAAAACAUCUCCAGGAGGCUCUGCUGGUGGCUUGGCAGAUGCACCACCACCUGAUACCACAGCAAAUUUACAGGCCUUUUACACUGACAGAAAUAUAUGGAUUUUGAGAUCGCUGGGGGCUGGUGAAGUUUUGAUUGAUGUUUGCAUGGCACUGCCUCACAUCAAUCGUUACGUUUUGAAAGCUAAGGAGUCUUUGAGCAGAAAUACAAUUUUGUUACCAUUUUUGCCUAAUGAGACUCUGCUAAUUCGACAGAGUUUGAGUUUACUGGAGAACGAUUUGAAUGUGUUACAUAGUACACUGCAGUUACCACUCCUGGAGCCACUGACUCCUGACAAACUUGAAAAAUUAACUAUUCUGACAAUGGCAAGUUUGUACAUAGCUGUAUCUGUAGCAACUGCUGCAACAAUACAUGGGAUAAUGAUGUCUUCAGUUCCAAAGCAGUCUGGAACUGGCACGCAGAGACCUAAUGAUGAUGAAAUUGCGACUGAUAAACAUGCUGUGGCGAUUGUGGAGAGAGCACUGGAUUUCUUCAAUUAUGUGUCAUCUUUGAUGAAAAAUUCAUCUAAAGCUGGUGGGAAUAUACCAAGUAAUCAUGCCAUGAUAGGUAUUAUGGUCCUGCUAACAGGACUUCACCAUCAGCUACAUGUCUCAAACAAUUUCCCACUUCCUAAAGAAGAAAGAGGGAAGUCACCCAGAAAAGCAGCUGAAAAAAUGAACUUGACUAAACUACAACAAGGUUUCAAUGUACUGUCUGUGGCUGUAACAAGUUCAUUGUUGAAAUUCAUGAAGUCACUAAUGAGUGAUAUGAUGACAGAGUGCUUGUCUUUGGAGGAUGACACUGGAUCUGAUCAGCAACCAGCAAAUCUAAAUAUUAUGGGAAAUUACACAGCAUUGCAAAGAGUCCUUCGUCUCCUGUGUGGCGUUCCUGUUGCCCAGUUAUUACUUAACUUGGCAACUGUUAGUUACAGAAAGGCAUGUGCUUUGAAGAGAGUUACAUCUGUUGCAAACCAGGAGGAAUUUGUACCUGUGGACGCAUCUACAGAUUAUGAUGAUGAUUUUUCUGCGGAGAGUGGUGAGCAGCCACAAGCCGACAGAUCUAAUGAAGAAUCAUCUCAGAGAGAUGAAACAAACAGGGAGGACACUCAGCAUGAUAACCGUCGUGGAGAAGAAGAUGAAGACAGUGAACCUAUAUUGGGUCUUUGGCUUGAGGAAACCUUGGCCCCUGAAUCUUCAGUUGCUGCUUUGUCAGAAAGCAGUAGAGAGAAACAAGAUGGACCAGGUGCAACUGGUACAGGAGGGACAGGUGGCCCAUGUCACACACACAUUCCAUCAAAGGGACCUGAUGCUUUCCUGUCAUUGGGAUUACAAAUUAUACGAUUCCUCAACAAAUAUAUGGUCAAUGUAGAAACACCUAGGCCAUUGGUACCUAGCAUUCAGGAAGGAAUUGGAGAGCAACAAUUGGCCUCAAUAUGUGGUAUAAUUAGGGACUUGGAUAGAGAGUCCAGCAAGAGCAGCACACAAGAAGAUUCUGCAACUGAAACAAUAUAUUCUAAUUUGGAAGUGCUGUACAAUCGUUUCUCAGGAGCUUUCUCUCAAUUCACACAUAAUAUGGUGAUGAGCCGCAUUCUGACUGACACAAUGCAGAAGCAGUUUCUAAAUCUUCUGGUGAAGGAUCACAGUAAUCCCAGCAUGUGGCCACUCUUACUACAUUGUCGCUCUUUGGCAGUUGUAGCGCAGAUGAUUAUGUUAAAGCCUCUGCAGGAAAGAACAAAUGCAGUAUUAAAUGUUUGGAAACGAUUGAUAAAUACAAUAGUAGAAAGUGUCACACGUCCAAUUGGUGUGUAUGAACCAGACUCUGAAGAUUUAAACAUUGAACAUGCUUAUGUUCUCUUAUAUUUGUUUCACUCCCUGAACUUAAUACCAAGGAAAUCAGUUAUGUUAAUGACUGCCAGUGCAGCUAUUCGUUGUGCUGAUGCAGUCAAGCAGCAAAUGAGUGACUUGCAAAUCUUAUAUCUUUCAAGACUGAUUCUUCUCUUUGAAUAUCAGCUGAAAUAUCUGUACGAAGCUCCACAGUCACUUUUGGAACGGGUUGACUGGAUACUGUUUAGAGCACCAGCUGUUGUAUAUGAUAAUAGCAGAAAUAAAUCAGAGCAUGCAUUCAUUGCUGCUGAAGUUGAAGCAACAUUCCAAAGACUUGCAAACCAACAAGAUAGCCAGUUCCGCCCAAGAUUCUAUUUCCUGACCAUGCCAGAGGGAAGCAAUCAAGAUGUACCGAAAUUGGAUGGACUGGCAUGUAACUUCAUUGUUGGUUCACCUGGAAAGUGGAGUUAUGACUCUCUUUUGAAUUCAGUGAUUGAAAUUCUUAAUGUAGCUGAUCAGUUGUGCCCAGCAAUGAAACGGGAGAAGGAAAUGUCUGUUAUUGGACAUUGUUCAGUGAGAUAUUGCUUCACUGUCUGCUGGAGGAUAGUUCAGAUGCUGCCACCAUCUAUACAAUUUAUGGAGAGAUUAACUAGAGCACAAGAUAAAUGUUGUGCUUCUCAUGGACUUCACCAUACGUUGUGGGCACCACGUUUGAGCGCACGGAACUUUAAUACAUGGAUACUGGAAUACCUUCUGAAACAGACAGCAAAUGGUCAAAUUUUGGAAGAUGUUAUUCAAAAUGUAAAUGUAAACAUGACUACAACAAAACUGGAUAUUUCACUUGUGAAAGAAUUUAUUGCAAGAUUUACACCCAAAGUCACUAAUGCAAAGCAACUUGUUCCCAAGUCCAGUAUGCCAAAAUUGACAGAUGUGUUCUUAUUAGAUGUUUUGAUGACAAGGCUUCAUGUUACUGUUGAAGAUGGUUUCCUCGAAAAUGAAGACUCUGAUUCAGACACACAAGGCCCAGAGUCAGUUGCUGUAGCUACUGCUGCUGCACUGUAUACUGAAGAGUUAUUGCCACACAUUUUUAAGCUUCUGGACUGUGUACUAGCCUGCAUGAGGUCAGGCAUUUUAUAUCAGAUUGAACACAUGAUGAGCUCUGUAACUGAUCGAUUUUACCUACAGGAUCUUUCAACCAUUGGAGAAAUGUUAUUCAUUAGCACAAACAGAAAUGUGAAAACAUUUGCAAUUUCAGCAACGCUAUUGGGUCUUCUACCUCACACAGUAAUAAGCUUCUUGGACAAAUGGGGACAAGACAUUGUUAAAUAUGAUUGGGUGAAAUACCGUGGUGACAUCAUCCCUUCUGAGAGUUUUAUGAUGGAAAUAUUAGGAAAUCAUGUCACAGCCCUCUCAUGUGAACUGUCUUCUAGCCUUAAUAUGUCACUGAAAUAUUUAACAAAUUCACUUGUGACUUUUAUCACUAAACAUAUACAGAGAUGUCCAUAUAAAGGAGAUCUGCAACGUCAGGGUGCAAAAAUACUCAUGCCGCUGACACUAGAUAUCCGCACAGAAUAUGUUGUGCGUGAAGUUCUUCCAAUUCUCGAAGAUAUUGAUGGUCCAAGUGAUAAUGAACAAUUUUUAGUUCACUGUUACACCAUUGUAUUGGAGCAUUGUGAAAAUCUAAUGAAACUGGUCGACCGUCGCAUUAAAAACGGGGAGCAAAUAUUACCAGCUGAUGAAGUUGCAUUAAUAGAAUGCCUUAAAUUUAUUGAAGUUUUGUUGGAGAAACCUUAUGGUAUAAGAACGUUAAACAAGUUCUUUUUUGAAGAAAGUUCAAAACAUCCAUUUUUGGACUUAUUUCAAUUUGUACCAACAUCGCAAGGAACUCUGUCAACAACAUAUAUAAUGUUUAGUCUCAGGAUGUUACAGAAAAUGUGUGCUGGAGAAUCUCCAGCCCACACCACUCUGUACUCAAGUGUGAAAGGAGUGAUAGGCACUUUCUCCGAAAUCACCAAGGUGAACAGUGCAGUUCUUCAUGGCUGGCUGAUGCAUCUGUUAACAGGGCCUAGCAGUGAUGAAAUAGCGGAUUUAGCAAUGCAGCCAGUCGUAAUAAUGCCAAGUGUACAACCAAGUUCUACACAGGCUACACAGCCAUCCACAAACUAUGCCCCGGCAGAUUGGAAAACACUGUCUCCCAUUGGAGAUUCACUAUCAGCAGGCCAGUCAUCAACACCUCAGAACAAAUCUUCCACAGAUGCAGCUCCACCUGACCCAGAUGUCCCAGCCACAACUGAAGAACAAAGGAAUCUUGUGAAGGAAAAUUAUACGCUCCUACAAAGUCUGUGUGCCUACUUUGUAAAAGAAGACAGUGGUAUAUCAGAAGAGGUUGCCAUAACUUUAUUAAAAGCGCUCAUAAAAGUUACAUCUACAUUUUUGACAUCUCCUUAUGAUGGCCAAGGUUUUGCCGAUCUUAUGGUCACGAUGAGGACGCUUGCUGAAAGUGGCACUGGAAAUGGAUUCAUUCUGCUCUUCAAAGCUGCUACGGAUUGGCUUGACAUAUGCAAGUCUUAUUUAAACCUCUGGGAAAUACAACAAGUGUUAGAAAAGGAACAAUCACCUCUGAAGCACAAAGGAAUGUGUGAGGCAGCAUGUGGUAUUAUGAAUUUUAUGAGCUGUGUUUUUGAGGCAAUCAGCCCUCCAAGCCUAGGACUGCAGAAUCAAACGCCUUGGGAUGAUGAUAUGACAUCAGAUAGAGAGUCUGACCUCAUUGAAGACAUGGAACCAGAAGACGAUGAAAGUGAAGAAGAUGAUUCUGAUGAAGAUAGUUUGUGUAACAGAUUAUGCACAUUUACGAUUACUCAGCGAGAAUUUAUGAACCAGCACUGGUAUCACUGUCACACAUGCAAGAUGGUUGAUGGUGUGGGUGUUUGCUCAGUUUGUGCCCGUGUAUGCCAUAAGGGACAUGAUGUUACUUACGCCAAGUAUGGCAAUUUCUUUUGUGAUUGUGGUGCUCAAGAGGACAACUCGUGCAUUGCUUUAUCAAAACGUAGCCGUCUGGCAAGUGAGGAUGCCCAUACACAGAACAUGCCCUCGGCUGAUCAGCCAUUGUCAUCCACUCCAAUGCAGCAGCGGAAUGUCUCUCCUGUUCAUGUGGAAUCUGGUACAGAAGGAACUGCUAAUGCAGAAGCAGCAAAGCAGUCUCAUCAUACUUCAAAAAUAAUUGCUAACCAUAGAGAAGAAAUUCUUCGUGAACUUAAUGACAACCGUGUUAUGUCAUGCCUAAUGGAUUUAUUGAUUGGGUUUGUGCCAGCUAUGCAAUGUGCCUGUAGAACAAGCAAAGUUGUUGGCAGCUACAAAAGAGCAAGAGAUUCUUUAUUUACUCUGCAUCUGACCCCAAAGAAAUUUGAAUUGACAGAGAUGUUAAUGGUUCCAACACUUGGCUCUCAAGAAGGUGCUUUUGAGAAUGUGCGUAUGACAUAUUCUGGAGAGCAAGGUCAAACUAUCAGACAGCUGUUAUCUGCACAGAUGAUCAGGAGGGUAGCAAUGUGCUGUAUGUCAUCCCCUCAUGGGAAGAGACAUCAUCUUGCGGUUUCUCAUGAGAAAGGAAAAAUAACUGUUUUACAGUUAAGUGCAUUGUUGAAACAACCAGAGGCUUCUAAGAGGAAACUGACUCUAACUCGUUUAUCCUCUGCACCAGUUCCAUUUACAGUUUUGUCAAUAACAGGCAAUCCAUGCAAUGAAGACUUUCUAGCAGUAUGUGGACUUAAGGACUGCCAUGUUCUGACAUUUAGCAGCAGUGGAACUGUUGUUGAUCAUUUGGUUCUUCAUCCUCAACUAGAGACUGGAAAUUUCAUCAUAAGAGCCAUAUGGCUGCCAGGAUCACAAACAAAGUUGGCAUUGGUUACAGCUGAUUUUGUUAAAAUCUAUGACUUAAGCAAAGACGCUCUUAGCCCACAGUACUUUUUCCUAAUUCCUGCGGGGAAAGUUAGGGAUUGCACUUUUGUCUCAUCACAGUAUUUGGAGAGAAAUCCAGAUGGCUGUGAUCAUAUGCUUCUGAUGUGUUCAAAUGGUCAUAUAUAUGAUCAGGUUAUGAAUGAGGAAAGCUCUGCACUGAAUGGUCCGUUCUAUGUUACCAAUACAUUGACACUUUGUCAUCCAGAAAUUGGCGAAGUUGUUGGACAAAUCGCAUCCCAAGGUGGAGUUUCUGUUUACUACUCUCAUAGCCUACAGAUGUUAUUUUGGAGCUACGUAAAUGGAAAGAGCUUUAUGGCACCAUUGCGCUGUUUAGCUGACUGUGUUACAGCUGUAUUUCCAAUCCAGUUUGGAAAACAAACAACAAAUGGCAAUAAAGCAAAUAAUUCUCAACCUCAGCCUUUGUGCCAGUGGACAGAAGUGCCAAAUCACCCCGGACUUGUUUGCAGCCUCAUGCAAGGAAGUAACAAUCCUGUAAUACUGAUGUUAAAACCAGAUGUAUUUCUGGUGCAAGAAAUUAAAGUUGUACCAUCAAAGGCUAAAAUUAUGGACAUGGUUGUAGUUCGUCAUCCUUCGUCUAGUUGUGAAUAUCGCACAACACUAAUCUUACUUUGUGAGGAUGGAAGUCUGAGAAUAUAUAUGGCUGGUUUGGAAUCAACAGGGUAUUGGCUGUUACCUAGUAUCAAAAAUAUUGCCAAGACACACAAAGUUCCUAAGAAGAAGAAACCAUAUAAAUUAGGAAAAACAACUGGCACGGUUGUGUUUCCAGUUGAUUUCUUUGAACAUUGUGAACCAAUAAAUUCAGUUGAAUUUGGGGGUAAUGACCUACUACAGAUAUACAGUGCUCAUCAAAUAAAACAUCGACUCAAUACUACAGGUUUGUAUGUUGCAUCGUCAAAAGCUUCAGGAUUCAGUAUUGAAGUUACCAACCCUGACCCUGCUACAAUGAUAAUGGGGAUAAGAGUUCUGCUUGGUACACAAGAUGUGCAGAAAGCUCCAACUUACAUUGAGGUAUUUGGUAGAACUGUCCAAACAAAUCUGACACGUAGCAGAUGGUUUGAUGUGCCUUUCACUAGAGAAGAAAGUCUCCAGGCAGAUAAAAAGUUCACCAUCACUUUUGGACCUUCAGCAGAUGUGGAACAUAUAUCCAUGGUUGACUGCAUAAAAAUUUACGGGAAGCUAAAAGACAUUUACAAUUGGAGUGAUGACACUGAAGAAUUGGUAACCAGUGCCACGGCCCAUCCACAAGCUGCAGCAGCAACUGAUGGAGAUGAUAGUGGUAUUGAUGUACCACAGAAUCUGUCAUGCCUUGAAAAGGUCCUCUCUUCUAUAUUGUCUGUUAUUGACAACUUUUUUGGAGUUAACCUUCCAACUACAGAUGAUCUCCAGGUGUUCAAAUCUCAUGCUAAGGACCUUGUUACAUUAUUGUUAUAUAUACCUGUUCCAUCCUGUGUUGAGACUGCUGCAGAAUCACUUCUGUCAACAUUACAUCCAACAAGGACUGCAUAUUUCAAUUACAAAGACCAUGUUCUUCUAGGCCAUGUAAACACAGAGUUUGCACUUAUGAGAGAUCAACAAGAUCCUAAGACCAUAGAUGCAGAGGCAUUUUACCAACUGGUUAUGACCAUAAGAAGUAUAGCUGUUGCAAGGCCCCACAAUUUAGCAAAAUUUGAGAAAAUUGUAAAUGAAGAACAUCCACCAUCAUGUCCAAGUGAAGCUGCAGAAAGAGCAAAACAUUUUAUAGUGAGAGUAGUCGAAACAUUGUGGCGUAUUCAUUCAGCCCGGCCAGUGAAUAUGACAUUAGCUCCAGUGUAUAUAAUAGGAUUAACACAGAUAGAAGCAACUGUACAGGCUGUUGUGGAAAUUAUUCAUGCAUUCACAAUUUCUGAUCCUGAAAAUACACUCCCAACUGCUGCAGCACUCUACUUACAACUUUUGUUGUGUGAGGAUGUGCUAGUGAGCUUCAGUGCAAAACAGGCAUUACUUAGAGUCUUAAGACCAAGAGUUCAGAGACAGCGAGGUGCUGUAGCAACACCACCAGUUUGUAGCACACCAGGUGGUCUCACUGUCACAGAAGUUACAUAUGAAAAGUCGCCAGGAUCUGUACAGUCACAAGAACGCACACAGCAGGAGCAGGCCGAGGCUAUAGAGCCUCCAGAACCGACUGUCAGCUUGGCUCCCGAACCGACAGGUUAUAGUGCUAGUUCAAGCUCAAUAAGUGAUGGGUCAGUAGAAACCCUGUUGAAUGCUGCCGGUAACUUCCCAGCUUUGAUGGACAUACCUCCUGACACUGAUGAUGAAACAUUAGUUGAACUGGCAAUAGCACUCAGUUUACAGGGAAUGGAUCCUAGUUUAGCCCAAGGAACUCAUCAGGAGGCUGGUCAUUAUUCGGAUACUACAGCAUCUGCUGGUGGAUCAGAUGAUGAAGGGUCCACUGCUGCUACUGACGGUAGUACGCUACGUACUUCUCCCACUGAACAGAUGCAGGAUGCAGAUGAACCAGAACAGAAGGUGGAACAGGAACAUGAUGAAGAUACAGAUGCUGAAGAAGAAACAAGUAGUCCACGUAUUCACUUUCUUCGGCUUGCACUACUGGAGCACUUCAUUGGUGCCGUUUCUAAGCUCAAAAACCUGGGAGGAGUCAAAUCUGUACCCUUUUUGCAAGUUGUGUUGAUGCUGACAAGUGAUCUUUAUGGCAAUGAAGAAAGAAGUCAAGACUGCUUGAAACAGUUACUAUCUGCACUUUUAAAUGAGUUAAACCUGAAACAGCCUGAUACAAGCAAUGUGUCGGAGCGCAAUAAGAACCGUGAAGUGUGUUUAGUAAUCAUGAGGCUUCUUAGUGUUAUGUUAUCUCGUACCAAGUCAACCAGUAAGGUAACAACAGAGAAUACAUCAUUUGUAUCAAGUGUUACCUCCACCACCUUGAGGGAAUCUGAUCUAAUUAACUAUUGUUUGGCAUUACUGAAGUCACUUUUAAAUUACUGGAAGAGUUCAUCACCAGAAGAAGGAACUUCUAUAGUAGGUGGAACCUUGCUUAAGGCUCGUCCAACUAUCCCACCACCUGAUAUGGCACCAUUCUUCCUCCGACAGUAUGUGAAGAGCCAUGCAGCUGAUGUGUUUGAAGCUUAUCCUCAAUUGUUGACCGAAAUGGUGUUGAGACUACCUUAUCAAAUCCAUAAGAGUAGUUUGAAUCAAGCAAAGACCAUACUUGUUGAUGAGGCAAGUGAACAGCAGGAAUGGCGCUAUUACCUCUGCGAAUAUAUGAUGACUCAGCAGACGCCUUUCGUACGUCGGCAAGUUAGAAAAUUACUACUUUCUAUCUGUGGUACAAAAGAAGAAUACCGGCAAUUGCGGGAUUUGCAUUCUCUGAACUCGCAUUUCAAUUGGAUUCAGCAAGUAUGUUCUUCACACGGAUUAGACCCACAGUCUCCAUAUCCUCGAUGCAAUACACUGCCUUAUGAUACUUUGGUGGAACUAGUUGAACAUUUGAAGGCAUGUGUCGAAGUUGCAUCUUCUCGUGUUGGUCACUGGCAAACAUACUGUGCACGUGACACACAACUUGUACCAUUCCUCAUUAAGGCAUGUUGUUUGCUGGAUGAAGGUGUUGCUCCAACUAUAUUGCAACUGCUACAGUGCCUUGUUUGUGACAAGGAAUCUGUUCAGAGUGCAAGGACACCUCGAUCAGUGGCAUCAGCAACUUCAGUACCAGCAGCUACAUCUGCAGGACCUGCAGCUGCUGCCUCAACACUGACGAUUCUACCAGUAUCUGCACCCUCAACUACAUCCCUCGUGCCCUCAACUACUCCAUCAAGUUCAUCACUAUCCUCAUCUUCGUUAUCAUCUCUAUCCUCAUCAUCCCUGUCAUCAGCAGGAACAGCUCUUCCAGUGUCAAGUAGUACAUCGUUGCCAAGUUGGAUAGCCUCUUCAUCUAAUGCAUCGUUCCCAAUUUAUAUCCCACCUCUUCCCACUUCAUGUAGCGCAUCUUUCCCAGAUUAUAACCCAUCUUUUACCACUACAUGUAGUGCAUCUUUCCCUAUGUCAGUAUCCUUUGUGUACCCCUCCCCAGGAACUCUGUCUUUCGUGACAGCAGCUCCUUCAGCAAUUUCCCUUGGUGCACACACUGUUUACAGUUCGUCUAGUUUACCCUUAUCACCAUCCACAUCGAGGAUCUCAAUUGGUAAUGCAUCAUUGUCAUCUAGUUCAUCUACUUCUCUUGAUUCAGUUCCUGUUACUGUAAUUUUUCAAAGACACUCAACAACAUCAACAACACGCUCCACUGCACAAGGUGUGUGUGCCACAAGUACAGUGCAGAGUGCACCAACAGCUGUAUCGACCACAGCAAGGAUGCCACCCACUACAACGCAACCUUCAUCUGGCACCUUUGAGUCAGCCACCGCGGAAGACCAAGAAGGGGCUGCAUUCAGAAAUGUGUACCCAGAUGUUGCCGCAAGAGCAUGGCCUGUUCCAACAACUUAUUUAAGAACUAGUACAUCAUAUUCAUUACAGUCCUCACCCAGGACCCAGCCAACAUCAGGUGUGACAUUGUCAACUAUAACUGGCUCACUGUCUACAAGUCUCUUGCCCCCAUCAAACUGGGCUGUCCCAGGUCCAUCUACAUGGACAGUUCCUGGUCCGUCCACUUGGGCAGCCCCAGGUUCAUCACUUUGGCCUGUUCCGGGAACGUCUGCACCAACAGCUCCAGGACAGUCAACAUGGACAGUUCCUGGUCCAUCUGUGCCUGGUGCUUCUGGCACCUUCAUUUCUAGGGCCCCCAGCUCAUUGUCAUCCAGAGCUCCUGGCUCUGCAAUUUCCAGAGCUCCUGGCCCAUCUUCUUCUGGUGCCCCAGGCACUUCAGUUCCUAGCUCUGUCGGACUGUCUGCCUCCGGCGCUCCUGGACCAUCAACCUCUGGUGCCGCUGGGCCCUCUACUUCUGUUUCUCCCAGACUAUCAGCUUCUGGUACAUCUGGUACUCCGGCCACUGGUCUACCUGAUCCUUCUACAUCUGUAGCUCCUGGGCCAUCCACAUCUGCUGGAGCUCCUGGACCUUCCUUGUCUGCAGCACCUGAUGCCUCUGGUGGUGCUGACCUAGGUCCUUCUACAUCAGAAGAACAGCAGCCUUCAAUUGUUAUAGAAUCUGGCCCAACAACAUGGAUGCUCCCUUCCUCAUCCUCAGUGGAACUAGUAGAACCUUUCGAAACCGAAUCAUCGGUGACAGGUGUCACAACAGGAACAGAGGAAACUGAGAAAAUAGAGAGUGUGCUGAGUGAAGCUAGCUUUCAGGAAGACCUCUGUAGUGUGUUCGUUAGUUCAGUUUUCUCUCAGGUCUCUAGGGAUUUCCUCACGCGCUUUGUAAGGACAUUCCUUUUAGAGACAAAUGCCACUGCUGUUCGCUGGCAGACUCAUGCACUGCUUCUGGGUAUAUUCAAGCACUCCCAAGAAGCAGAGUGUGAUAUAUUAUUGGAGAUUAUGUGGAGCUUAUGGCCUCAGUUAUCAGCUUUUGGUCGGAAAGCUGCCCAGUAUGUGGACUUGUUGGGCUAUUUUACAUUAAACACAGAAAAUCUUCCUAGGGAUCUGUCGGAGUAUGUAGAAGAGGCUGUAAAUUUACUGCAAGCCCAGAACAGAGUUUUAUCUUGUCAUCCUAAUUCCAAUCUGUACAGCCAAGUGGCACAAUUUGUGGAACUUGAUGGUUUUUAUUUGGAAAGUGAGCCAUGCCUAGUGUGUAAUAACCCAGAGGUACCAUAUACCUCAAUUAAACUUUCUACUAUAAAGAUUGAUUCAAAGUUUACAACUCAUACUCAGAUUGUGAAACUCAUUGGAAGUCAUACGAUUAGCAGAAUCACACUUCGUAUAAGUGAAUUGAAAAGGACAAAAAUGGUGCGAACAAUCAAUAUUUACUACAACAAUCGAACAGUGCAAGCUGUUGUUGAAUUGAAAAAUAAACCAGCUAUGUGGAACAAAGCCAAGAAAGUGACGUUGACAUCUGGACAGACAGAAUCCAAAAUUGACUUCCCAUUGCCAAUUGUUGCAUGCAACCUUAUGAUCGAGUAUGCGGAUUUUUAUGAAAAUAUCCAGGCCUCCACAGAAACACUCCAAUGUCCAAGGUGUUCAGCAUCUGUACCUGCUAAUCCUGGUGUUUGCACAAACUGUGGUGAAAAUGUCUUUCAGUGCCACAAAUGCAGGGCAAUUAACUAUGAUGAAAAGGACCCAUUUUUAUGUCAUGCUUGUGGAUUCUGCAAGUAUGCAAAAUUUGAUUAUUCCUUGACUGCAAGACCAUGCUGUGCAGUGGACAAAAUUGAAAAUGAUGAAGACCGUAAGAAGACAAUUUCUGUUAUAAACACACUCCUUGAAAAAGCUGACAGAAUUUAUAAAACUAUCAUGACAAAUAAACCAGCGUUGGAGCUCCUGUUACUGAAAAUCAGUGAGCACCGUUUGGACCGCACAGUUGAAGAUGGAAUACAAACUGGAAGUUCAGGAAGCACACAGGUUAAUCGCGCUAUCCAACUGUUAGCUCAACGAUAUUGUGGUGAAUGUAAAAAUUCAUUUGAAGAACUAAGCAAAAUUGUGCAGAAAGUGCUUGCAUGCCGAAGAGAGCUCUUAGCAUAUGACCAAAAUGACCAAGUGUACAGUGAAACAGGUGAAGCUAGUAGUGUAACCGAUCAAGAGUAUGAAUUGCAACAGCCUUGUGAAUCAGAGGCACUGCCGCCUUUGCAAUUACAAGAGGAAGAACUUGAAGUAAACAUUCGUGGUCUGCCACAGCCUCUGAUCAGCAGUUGUUAUGGUUGUGCAUCAUCAGCCACUGAACUCUGCCUCACAUUGCUUCGUGCUCUUGCAUCUAAGGAGGAGUCACGACUUCUGCUUAUCUCUGAAGGCCUAAUUGCAGAACUUCUUGAAUAUAAUUUGCGUCGUGGAACUGGACAGGUACAAGAAGAGGUCAGACAAUUACUGUGUUUAUUAACUCGUGAUAACCUACAAGCAACUGAGCAUCUACGUCAGAUGCUGAUGGAUCGUAUCUCUCUAGCACUGAGAGGACACAGAGCGAGUGUAGAACUUACCUUUGCCGUUCGCCAUGAAAUGAAUUUGUUGUCUACUCUAGUGCAAAAAGAUGACUCAUGUUGGGAGCAGAAGAUAAGGUGUGUGAUGCAGCUGUUCAUUAUUGCGUGUGAAGAUUCUCAUUCACCUGUUGUCAUGCAAUCCAUUAUUCUGCCAUGCCUCAAAAUGCUUCAGAGUCUCAUUAAACCUGACCAGCCGUUAUCCAAAAAGAACAAGGAUAAGACAGUGGACGCUCUGGCUAAUAUCAGCCCUAAAGAGGGAAUCAAUAUAGUAUUGGAAAAAUAUUUACAAGGAGAUCCAAAAUAUUACUAUGCCUACUGGUACAUGCGUAAACCAGAAAAGAUUGCAGAUUUGUCAUCAAGGAAUCUAAGCAAAAAUGAAUGGAGGAAGGUAUACCUAGCAGAAAAAUACUUUGGCCGUUGGCACCGUAAAGUUUUUGGUGAACCAGAACCCUUGUUGUUAUGGGAAGGAUCAUGGUUGAGAAAUGUCCUGUUCAAUCCCUGCAGCAGAUUAGCACGACAAGUUACUUGCAACAUGCUUGAAAGUUUUUGUCAAGUAGCUGUACGAAAGCGAAAGAUAAUUGAUCUCUUAACAGCAUAUCUUCGUGAGCUUAGUACUGCUGGAGAGAGUGCUGCUGAAUAUCUCUCAUUGUAUCAGUCCUUAAUUCAGCCUCCUCCAUGGAAAGAGUACCUAGCGUUGAGAGGCAUAUUAGUACACAUAGCUGGCCUUCUUACACAGGAGAUUGAGGAGCUACAUCACCUUGAAGAGACUACUCUAACUUCGAACCUUUCUCAAGGGUAUGCCCUGAAGAUGCUUACAGAACUGCUUGCACUGUUCCUGGAACAAGACUGUAUCAAGCAGCAAUAUAAAGGCCAGCUUGUCAGUGCUGUUCUUAAUGGCUAUGUAUCUCUUCGAAGACUGGUGAUCCAGAGAACAAGGCUUAUUGAUGAAACUCAAGAGAAGCUCCUUGAAAUAUUGGAGGAAAUAACAACAGGAACAGAAGAUGAAACAAAGGAAUUUAUGGCAAUUUGUAUUGAUGCUGUUAAAAAGUAUAGUCUGCAUGAUAUGCGUACACCAGUUUUCAUAUUUGAAAGAAUAUGUUCAAUAAUUUAUCCUGAAGAUAGUGAUACAGGUGAAUUUUAUCUUACACUUGAGAAGGAUCCACAGCAAGAAGACUUUUUACAGGGUAGAAUGGUUGGGAACCCAUAUGCAAGCACAGAACCAGGACUUGGCCCUCUGAUGCGUGAUGUGAAAAAUAAAAUCUGCCAGGACUGUGAACUUGUGGCAUUAUUAGAAGAUGAUAAUGGAAUGGAAUUAUUAGUUAACAACAAGAUAAUCAGUCUGGAUUUACCAGUGAGAGAGGUUUACAAAAAGGUUUGGGUUGCAGAAGGGGGUGAGGGUGAUGCUAUGAGAGUUGUAUACAGAAUGCGAGGUCUUCUUGGUGAUGCUACAGAAGAAUUUGUGGAGACUUUGGAUGCCAAAAGUGAACAGGAAGUAAAUGAUGAAGAUUUGUACAAGAUGGCCAAUGUCAUGGCUGACUGUGGAGGCUUACAGAUUAUGCUUGACCGGUUUGCUGCUAUUAAAGAGACAACAAAGUCAAAACCAUUGCUUCAAGUACUAUUGAAAUUAUUUAAGCUCUGCCUUAAGGUACAACGUAAUCAGGAGUUGCUGAUCGAUCCUGAAUUAGGAACUGUUCCUGUUCUUCUCAGAAUAGUCCACUUGUGCUUGGUAAAUAACUGUGAGAAAACCAUCACAGAACAGCUAUUACAGAUCACAGAAACCAUACUGCUGAAGGCCACUUCACGACCUGUUGAAGACUUUCAGAGAUUUUCUGCUUCUUUCGGAGGUACUUUACAUGUAGAGGCACUGUUGCCUUUUACAUCAGUUCCUCCUGUGACAAGCAACCCACCAUUGCUGUUGCAUCUCACCCGGAUUUUGGCAGCUCUUACAUACUGCAAUGAGGAGAGAAUGGCUUUGCUGUGUAAUCAUUUCAAGUCUGUGAUAGACUUCAAUAAGUUUGAUUCUGAGCAUACACCAGAUGAUGAACAGAAGCUUGAACUUUUCUGUACACUAACGGACGGAAUUGAACGAAAUGACAUUGGAAACACAUUGAAGGAUUACAUUAUAAGCCUUGGUAUUGUACAGAAAGCAUUGGACUAUAUAAUGGUUCGUGCACCUACAGAUAAGCCAAUAUUGGUACGUAGUGACUGUGAGCUGUGGAAGGAUUUUAUUUCGAAACCUUCACUUAAAUACAUUCUAAGAUUCCUGACAGGACUUGCAGGAAAUCACCCUGCAACACAGCUGGCAGUUUCAGCAGAGUGUGUACCAAUCAUCCAUCAGCUCGAACAAAUGUCAUCAGAUGAACAUGUAGGUUCCUUGGCUGAAAACUUACUGGAAGCUCUGCGUCAGCAUCCAGAAGUGGCUUCCCGCAUUGAAGAGGUUCGGGAGUAUACCCGUGCAGAGAAAAAACGUCUUGCAAUGGCUAUGCGGGAGAAACAACUAGGAGCACUUGGAAUGAGAAGCAAUGAAAAAGGACAGGUUACAUCUAAGAGCCCUCAUCUGAUGGAGGAUCUUGGUGAAGAAACAGGUCUUGUGUGUGUUAUAUGCCGUGAAGGUUAUAAGUUUCAGCCCAAGAAGGUCUUAGGUAUUUACACAUUUAGCAAACGAUGUAAUGUUGAAGAAUUUGAACCAAAGCACAGGAGAAGUUUAGGGUAUACUACAGUGACUCAUUUCAAUGUAGUUCAUGUCGAUUGUCAUAUGGCAGCAGUUAGAUUGGCUCGUACUAGAGAUGAAUGGGAUUCAGCUGCAUUGCAGAAUGCCAACACAAGAUGCAAUGGAUUGUUACCAGUUUGGGGUCCACAUGUCCCAGAAUCAGCUUUCGCAAGUUGCCUGGCGCGUCACAAUACGUAUCUUCAGGAAGGCACUGGACACAGGGACAUAACAUACCGUUCAACAGUGCACGACUUGAAAUUGCUACUUUUGCGCUUUGCCCAGGAGAAGAGUUUCCAUGAAGAUACAGGUGGUGGUGGUCCACAGUCCAACAUGUUUCUUGUGCCAUAUUUGUUGCAUAUGGCACUGUAUAUAUUCACUACAACACGUUCAUGGGCACGUGAGGAAGAAGAAAUGAUUAGUUAUCUUUCCAACCCACAUGGCUGGAUAAAAGACUGUUACAUUGCAGAAGGUCCAUUAUAUAAGUGUGUCAUGUACUUACUACUUCAUUCACCUGCCCGGUGGAAGGAGGAUCGCUUCCGUCACCUUAACAGGCUCAUAGUUUUGGCUCAAGCUCGUGCAACACAACCCAGUGGUCCAGGGCCAGAAAAUCGACUGCUGGAUCUGGAAGUCAAAGACUACUCAGUUUACAAACCUUACGUUGUCUUCUUUGGUCUUGUUGAUGGCAUAUACAAAUACAUUUUGAAGAAUUUGGCAGUGUCCUAUGAGAAACUGUGGCCGUCGACUCUCUCAACAUUUUUGCGACAUAACGAUGAGUUGUUAUUGAAGAUGUCAGAAAAAAUUUUCGCCUUUUACACAGAGGACCUCUUACCAUGUGCUUCGUUUGAAGAAGCGUUUGAUGUGUUAGAGUUAAGAGCAUCAUUGGAUACAGAGCCAUUAGCACACAUCCAGCUCGUCCUUUCAUAUGGAGCCUAGUCACCAGCCCCGAAUAUCGAAAAGACGUUCAUAAUUUCCUUUGGAGAAGCAAUUUGUGAUUUUACACAUUGUGUUUACGUAAAAACUGAAACCAUGUGACUUCAAAAAAUUAAAUAGUGCAAUUUUUUGUGAACAGAUGUACAUAAUGAAAAGUGAACUUGUGACAUGGACUGUGCAAAUACAGCAAAUUUGAUGGUGUUAUUUUUAAGUCCUUGGAUGUUAGGAGUGUCUAUAAAGUGUGGACUUUUUGGAAUAAAAAUUACAAAAUUUCGUGUAGAAAGUGACAUUUUAAUAAUAAUUAGUGAACAUAACAUUGUGUAACCUUUCAUGCAGUGUAGAGUGUAGUGUUUCAGCCCGAGUGAAAAUUAUUUCCUAUGUAAUUACUCCCAGUGAUAAAUUUGAGAAAAGGUGCUUCAUCCUUUUGUUUAUUCCACCCCUGAAGAGAGGAACCGACGGCUUCUGCCUUGCCUAAAAUCAAUGGUAUGUAUCCCUGAUACUCAGUUUGCUUGUCAAGAAACAUAUGCAAAGCCCAACAAACAGUUUAAAAAAAUCACUACUGUUGCAGUAUGUCUAAUCAGAAGUACCCCAAGUGUUGAAUAAAUUGUUUUUAAAGAUA